AUGGAUUUUAUCGACUUUUUUGAUCGCAAUAAGAUCCUACUAGCCAUCUAUCCACUCCAUUCAACACAUACGUUGCAGCCUCUCGAUGUCUGCAUCUUUAAGCCUCUAUCAACAACAUAUUCAAAUGAGCUAUCAGCCUUUAUAAACAACAGCCAGGGACUGGUCUCAAUCGCUAAGAGAGACUUCUUUAGCCUAUUUUGGAAGGCCUGGAUCAAUAUAAUGAGGCAGCCACUGAUACUCUGGGCCUUUGAAGCAACAGGCAUCUGCCCACUCGAUACAACGACUAUACUCAGUAGAUUUGAUCAGCCUCAGCCAACUGAGCAAGACUCGCGAGAAAACUCAACCUCAGUACUCAGUGCCUCAGAUUGGAGAAAGAUUGAUAGACUGCUAAGGGCCAAUGUGGAUAUAAGCAGAGGCAAUGAGGCUAAGAAACUGAGUCGAACUAUACACCAUAUCUCUGUACAGAACCAGCUUCUAGAGCAUGAAAAUAAGGGUCUCCGUGAGGCCCUAGUAAUACAGAAGAAGCGCUUAAAGGGAGGCAGGCCUUUGCCUCUUGAUCAGCUAGAUGAGUAUUAUGGUGGAGCUAUUUUCUGGUCACCUUAUAGGUAG